AUGUCUAUUAAUGGUACGCCUAUUACCCUUGGUGUCUUGAAUACAGAAGUAGUUCCUUCUCCUUUAUGGAGUGUUAAUGUUGAGGAAAGGAGUAACACUCCUGAUGGUUUAAUGACUGAUAAAAAUGAAAUAAAAAUUGCAACGCAAAAAGUUAGCAACACAUUCCAUGGAGUUCAAGGUAAUAACAUUCGAGUUGUUGUUAGAGUUCCUAUUGCCACCGAGCAACCCGUUAUUGUUUUGUUGGUUUUAUUAAUACUUAUGAAGGGAAUAUCUUUUCUUGUAGCAAGACCUCCAGACAAUUCUGUCCACGUUUUUAUCGAUAACUCUAACCUCUUUAUUGAAGAUCAUGGCCUACUUGUCACAACAAUUUUAAAUGGACGAAAAUUGGGCAGUACUUUUGUUGUCGGCUCUGUUCCGCCACCUAAUGAUGCGUUGUGGGACCGAGCUAGGUCUCAUGGGUGUGAAGUAACAACUUACAAACGAAACGCAUCAAACAAAGUCGACACAGCACUUGUUUGCCGUGCAAUGCGUUUCAUACUUACUAAAAAACAUUCUACGUUAUUGCUAGUUGCUGGCGAUAGUGACUAUUGUUCUCUAAUAAAGGAAGCCAAAGAAGAAGAUUGGAAGAUUGAAACAUGGUUUUGGGAUGGAUCAAGUUUCCCACAGGAAUGUCUGGACUUGAUUUCAAAAUAUACCCUUGAGAUCAGCGGUAAUAUUAUUAAGGAUUGGCAUUAUAGAAAUGACGCACUUAAGUAA